GCGAGUUCUCAGCCCCAUUGGGUGGGGCAAUCCUAUGGAAUCAACCAGCAUCUCAGCGGGCACUGGUUAUAAAGUCCACGCAGCCCGCGGGACUCAGACUUCCCAGAUCCCAGAUGGAGGCGAUGGCUCCACACACGCUGCUCCUGCUGCUGGUGGUCGCCCUGGCCAGGACCCAGACCCGCACUGGCUCACACUCGCUGUGGUAUUUCCACACUGCCGUGUCCCGAUCCGGCCUCGGGAAGCCCCGGUUCAUCUCUGUCGGCUACGUGGACGACACGCAGUUCGUGCACUUCGACAGCGAUGCUGAGAAUCCAAGAUACGAGCCGCUUGCGCCAUGGGUAAAGAAGGAGAAGCCAGAGUAUUGGGAGUGGCAGACAUGGAGAGCCAAGAAUGCAGAGCAGUGGUUCCGAGUGUGCCUGAGGAACAUUCUCCGCUAUUACAACCAGAGUGAGGGCGGCUCUCACACCAUCCAGUGGAUGCAAGGCUGUGAGGUGAGGUCGGAUGGGAGCUUCCUCCGCGGAUACACACAGUAUGCUUACGAGGGCCGAGAUUACAUCGCGCUGAACGAAGACCUGAAAACGUGGACGGCGGCAGACAUGGCGGCACAGAUCACCCGACACAAGUGGGAGCAGGCUGGUGAGGCAGAGAUACAGAGGGCCUACCUGGAGGGCGAGUGCGUGGAGUGGCUUCGCAGAUUGUUGGCGUGCGGGAAGGAGACACUGCUGCGUACAGAUCCCCCAAAGGCACAUGUGAACCAUCACCCCAGAUCUGAAGGUGAUGUCACCCUGAGGUGCUGGGCCCUGGACUUCUACCCUGCUGACAUCACCCUGACCUGGCAGUUGAAUGGGGAGGAGCUGACUCAGGACAUGGAGCUUGUGCAGACCAGGCCUUCUGGGGAUGGAACCUUCCAGAAGUGGGCAUCUGUGGUGGUGCCUUCAGGGAAUGAGCAGAAUUACACAUGCCAUGUGCAACAUGAGGGGCUGUCUCAGCCUCUCACCCUGAGAUGGGAGUCUCUUCCAUCCACUGACUCUAACAUAGCAAUCAUUGUUGUUUUGGUUGUCCUUGGAGCUGUGGCCAUCAUUUUAGCCGUGGUGGUUUUUAUGAUGAAGAGGAGAUGAAACACAGCAUGAAGACAGCUGCCUGGAGUGGACUGAGUAACAGAAGAUGCAUUCAGGUUUCUCCUGUGAUGUCCAGAGCCCUCAGAUUUAUUUAGACUACAGUGUCUAAUGUUCCCUGUGAGCCUGUGGGCUCAACAUGAAGAACUGUGAAGCCAAGUCUGCCCUUGCACACCAGGGUCCUGUUCCUGCACUGCCUGUGUUCCCUUCCACAGCCAACCAUCCUUAUCUAGGGGCAUCUGCAUCCUGUCAGCUCCAUGCUGCCCUGAGCUGCAGCUCCUCACUUCCACAUUGAGAGUAAGAAUCUGAGUGUGAACUGGAUUGUUCACAUCCUUGACCUGAGGGUUGAUUGACAAGUAAAUAAGGGAUUGAAAAUACUUAGAUUUUGUGGAGGAAAUAAAUGACAGAUGGUGAAUCUUCCAGAA